CUCCACCUUAUCUCUGCCCCGGGCCGCAUGAACCACCAACUCCUCUCCUCCCUUCCUCUCCAUCGCCACAACUAUGCGCCUCGCCGUUGUAGCCCACCUCCCACCUCCCCGGCGCGCUCCCCCCACCUCCCCUGGUGUUAACCGCGCUGGCCACCACCCGCGCCGGCACGCCACCACCGGCGCCUUCUUCCCGCGUGCUGCCAGCGGCAUGGAGGCGCGCCGCCGGAGCACCUAGGCCCCGGCAUCGAAUCCGGGCAGCAGCGCGCCGCCGCGCCUCUGUUUCCUCUAUCUACAUGGCCUCCCGCGUACAAGCUCUCGACCAGGAUCCCGCGCUCACCGCCGGCGAACACACCUCCAGUCCACCCUGCCAACCAGCGCUGAUCUCCUGCAACCCCGCCCUGCCCGCGACCUUCCUCCCCUUGCCGGCGAGCCUCCCUCCCUCGGCUACCUCCUAGCAUGAGCUAACGCCGGAUCCAGGCCGCACCUGGGAUCCACUUUGUCCCCACACUCCACUGCGUGGCCCCAGCAGCGCCGCUCGAACAUGCCCCGCACUCCACUGCGCGGCCCCAGGUGCACCGACCGAGCGACGGAUUCGGCCCCGCCACGGCGCCUAGGCGACGGAUCCCUCUUGGAUCACGUCGGAUCAAGGAACUGCUACUCCAGUGUCUUGUGGGCGAGAAGGCGCACAGAAGGGGUCGGGGCUAACGUCCCUCACCUCUCUUGCAGUCCACCGUCGUCGUCAAACAGGUGCGAUUACCUGAUGUGUCGAGCGAGGGGACACCCCUGGCCUCCUCCUUUCCUUGUCAUCGCACGCGCAUGCCACAGCCACACCAGCCCGGGAUCCCCCCUCCUAUCCUCUCCCUGUUGUUCUCCGAUGAGGGCGAGUAGCUGAGCCUACCUGACGUAGGUCGAUUGGGUCAUCCUCUCUGGCUUGAGCAGCCCAAUGCCAUUGUUGGAGCAUUACACAGCAGCAGGUGUGUGCAGCCACCAUCGACUUCCCGCGGGGAAGAGAUCCCUCGGCCAUGCCACAUCCGCCCCUGGGAUUCAGUUUGCCAGAGCACCCCUCGCAGCUCUCUCUUCGCCGGAGAACUAUGGCAGUGUGCCGGCUUGCAGUUCGGUCAUCAGUUCAGUGCAGCACAGACGGCGAUGCCAUUGCAAUUCAGAAGCUUGUGUGCAGUUUGGUGACCACGGACGUGCGGCUCACUAGCAUUAGAUGCACUUCAGUGCUCCUGUGGGUGCAGUUCAUGAGCGCGCCGCCGAUGACGGCAGCAAUGCAGUGCACUCCGGUAGUUGCUGUGGUGCACUCUGGUGGUCGUUGUGGUAUAGCUCAGUGGCUGGCCAAUUCCCUGGUCAUGCAGCUUGGUGACGUGCCAGGUGCAGUCAGCUGAGCGACACUCUUCUCCAAGCAAGAAGAGGAGGGCGAUCUUGGUUCCCUGUCCCAGUGCAGUAAAGGCGAUGCGCCUGUGCGGUGCGGAGCACAUGUGCAAUUCCGUCGGCCAUGCAUGUAGUACAGGUCGCAUAGUGGUGUAGUUCGCCGCUGAACCCGUGUUGUAGUUUUAUGGCACCCUGCGUGUGUGUGAUGCAGUUUGGCGUCUCCCUCGGGUGGACGCAUAGCUGCACUCCAGAUCGCCCAGUACUGCAACUCCUUCCUUCCUUUUACUUAUUUUUUCUAGGAAAGGAAGUGGUGCAGUUCGGUUGGAUGUCCCGUUGGAGUUUGACCUUGUGCCAUCUCAGAUCAUAUUGUGCAGUGCGACAUGAGUUUCUCUGCUUGGGGUGCUCCGGGUACUUUAGUUGGGAUACUCGGAGAUAAAAAUUUAUGUGUACAGUAUAUAGUUGUAUGGCUGUGUAAAAAAAUAUGAAUUUGUGUGUUGAGCAUUCUGAA